GGCGGCGGGCGCUAGCGCUCUGGGUCCGCCAUGUUCGGCGCUGCGGGGCGCGGGGCCGUGAGCGGUGGCUGAGGAGGCGCCGGACAGUGGAGUCUUCUCCUCUGUGCUCUUCGCCAUCCGCCUCCGGGCGCGCAGGGAGGGCGGCGGGGGAGCCCGAGGGUGAGCCGCAACUUCCUGGCAAGACUUUGAGCAACUUCAGGCCGGGACGGGGCCGCAGCUGGAUUGAAAAUCAUCUGGAGGAGAAACGCAUAUUUCACAUGCGAAGCUGUUCACUUCAGAAUUAAAUGAGUUACCCGUCUUGAAUGAACUUAUUUCUAUAAGCUUAUAAUUUCAUUUAGACUGCUAAAUACAGACCAUGCCUAGCAGAAUGGGCUCAAAAAUUGAUUUGCACAAAGACUUCAUCAGAGUAAAAACACACUAUAGUGGGGACAUCCUGAUAACAAACUUGGAUGCAUCGAUGAGCUAUGAUGAACUUUGUGAUGAAGUGCACGAGAUGUGUAAUUUGCAGCAGGAACAGCCAAUUACCCUCAAGUGGAUUGAUGAUGAAGGUGACCCAUGUACCAUCUCAUCCCAGAUGGAACUGGAAGAAGCCUUCCGUUUGUAUUGUCAAAACAGAGACGAAGGACUGAUUAUUCACGUUUUCCCAAGUAUUCCAGAGAAACCCGGCAUGCCUUGUCCAGGAGAAGAUAAAUCAAUCUACCGACGUGGAGCCAGAAGAUGGAGGAAGCUGUACCGAGUGAAUGGGCAUUUGUUUCAAGCCAAACGUUUUAACAGAAGAGCGUACUGUGGCCAGUGCAGUGAAAGGAUAUGGGGCCUGGGAAGGCAAGGCUACAAGUGUAUCAACUGCAAACUGUUGGUCCAUAAACGUUGUCACAUACUGGUUCCACUGACCUGCAAAAGGCAUAUGGAUUCGGUCAUGCCUUCCCAGGAACCUCGGUUAGAUGAUAAAAAUGAUGAAGUUGACCUCCCUUCAGAAGAAACUGAUGGAAUUCCCUACAUUCCUUCAAACCGGAAACAUGACAACAUUAAAGAUGACUCUGAGGACAUCAAACCAGUCAUUGAUGGAAUGGAUGGAAUUAAGAUUUCUCAGGGGCUUGGACUGCAAGACUUUGAUUUAAUCAGAGUUAUUGGACGUGGAAGUUAUGCCAAAGUUCUUUUAGUUCGGUUAAAGAAGAAUGAUCAAAUCUAUGCUAUGAAAGUAGUGAAAAAAGAAUUGGUCCAUGAUGAUGAGGAUAUUGAUUGGGUACAGACAGAGAAACAUGUGUUUGAACAGGCAUCCAGUAACCCAUUCCUAGUUGGUUUACAUUCAUGCUUUCAAACAACAAGUCGAUUGUUUCUUGUCAUAGAGUAUGUAAACGGGGGAGAUCUCAUGUUCCAUAUGCAACGGCAAAGAAAACUGCCUGAAGAGCAUGCAAGGUUCUAUGCUGCUGAAAUUUGUAUUGCUCUAAACUUCCUACAUGAAAGAGGUAUAAUCUACAGAGAUUUAAAACUAGACAAUGUUCUUUUAGAUGCAGAGGGCCACAUCAAAUUAACAGAUUAUGGCAUGUGCAAGGAAGGUUUGGGCCCUGGCGACACUACAAGCACUUUCUGUGGGACACCAAAUUAUAUCGCACCAGAGAUCCUCAGAGGAGAAGAGUAUGGGUUCAGCGUGGACUGGUGGGCGCUCGGUGUGCUGAUGUUUGAAAUGAUGGCAGGAAGGUCUCCGUUUGAUAUUAUUACGGACAAUCCAGACAUGAACACCGAAGAUUACCUCUUCCAAGUUAUUCUUGAGAAGCCAAUCCGGAUUCCAAGGUUUCUUUCUGUCAAGGCUUCCCAUGUGUUAAAAGGAUUUUUAAACAAGGAUCCCAAAGAAAGGCUUGGUUGUCAGCCCCAGACGGGAUUUUCUGAUAUCAAGUCUCACACAUUUUUUCGCAGCGUAGACUGGGAUCUGCUGGAAAAGAAGCAAACAACGCCUCCAUUUCAGCCUCAGAUCACAGACGAUUAUGGUUUGGAUAACUUCGACACACAGUUCACCAGCGAGCCUGUGCAGCUAACCCCAGAUGAUGAAGAUAUAAUAAAGCGAAUAGAUCAGUCGGAAUUUGAAGGAUUUGAAUAUAUUAACCCCUUGUUGCUGUCGACAGAAGAAACGGUAUGAAGGAACGGCAUCCUUGUUGUGGCCUGUGUGAAUGCCCUUUCAGUUUACCCGCAACCACAGUACAUGCAUGCCAGGCUGGGACUGAACGAUUUGGGACGGAGACCAAUGAUUUUAACAAAAAUUGCUGCUGAAAAUCAAAGAGGAGACUAACGCUUCUGGUAGGCGUCUGCUGCCGCUGAGUGAUUUGUGAGGUCUGGGCACUGACAGAACUGGCUUUGCUGAUGAAGGAAUCUGCAUUUUGUGCCUGUUUCAUGAAGGAUCGACGUGUUCAUUGCAUCCCUGGGAGAGUCUGAAAAACUCUGAGAUCGGCACGAUUUCUACAAACAUUUGAUGCAAUGAGCUACCAAUUGAAGAAUAUCGCAGUGUAACAUCCUGAAGAAUAAAUUAUAUUACAGUGGUGUUGAAGCUUAUUUUUGAUGCCUUUCUUCACAAGUGGUUCCUGUCUAAACGUCUCAGAUGUAUUUAAAAGGAGUUGUGUUUUAUUAGCAAUCAAAACAUAAAUUUGGGUACAAGAUUUAAGUGCCUAAAUGGAUAAACUGCAUUGAAGAAUUAUUGCAUAUUUGGAACGUUCUUAAACCUGGUAAGUUGUGCUUGUUAAUAUUAAGUAACCAUUUACAUCCAGUUCACAGCUGCAGCCUAAUGCUCAUUUGCAUCUCGAUAGGAUUUGACAUGCAGAGUGACUCAGCAAUAUUAAUUCCAAAUUAGAAUUUAUAGCAUCGGUUUCAAAGUCUCUUGUUUUAAACUCCAAAUUUAUCAAAACGUGCGAGUUAAAGAAAACUAAAUUUGCACACCCAGGAUUUCUGACAAUACUUCAGCAGUGCCUACACCUCCAAUGAUGUUGUGUUGUGGUUUAGAUUUUUGAGAAGUAUUUUUAUCAACAAUACAAAUGUUCAGAGCAAAAUCAUAAGAAAGUGUAGCCUUAACGUUUAAAUAGCAAAUCUAGAAUAACCAUAAUACAAAAUCCACUUUCCUGAUAAAGCACACCUCCUACUUAUGAUAAACUGUCUGCUUUCAGUUCCUCGGUGUGUGUUAAGAACUAACAUUCUGCAGAAGAGAACGGGAUGUUUUAGUAUAUCACUUUCCAUCAUAGUAGUAAUUUUUUCAAUGGAAGACAAGUGAAUACCGAAGAGAUCAGAUAAAGCAAAAGAAAAGCUAUGAAAUCCCGUCUCCUGAAAACCAAGGGAUGCCGGGAGGCAGGGAAAGGGCACAUCCCGUCACAAAGGUUAACAGUUCACCAGCUUGGAAAGCUGCGUGGUUCAUUUGAGGAUUAACUGGGUGCUGCUAUCGGGUUGUGGGUGCCUGUGUGGAUUUGCCUGCCUCCCGGCACCAGCCGCAAGGACAGGACUUCUUGGGGCGAGAAUUUGGGAUCAGGAUAGCGUGAGGGUUGUACAGACAGACAGGGGAACCAAACCAAACACAUGGGAAGGCCGAGGAGGGCCAAGGAGAAGGCCUGUGCGGUGCCGUUGCGCCCGGCCUGGUUUGCAGUGCGGGGGGACUGCAGCGCUGUCAUUUCCUUACGUUCACGUAUGGUUUUCUCAGGGUACAGCAUUGCAUCAGGUGCUGAACGUGACAUCUUUUGGAUUCACAUCCACGUCAUGAGGUGCUAGGACCAGACUGCCAAAACAUUGCUUAAAGCUUUCAGUUACUCCUCGAUUAACGAUAUACAUGUUGUGUCCCCUCAUUAGCCACAGGUACCCAGGCCUGGGGUUAGUUGGUUACUUUAAUCCCAUUUGGAUUUCAGUUGCGGGUUUCUCUCCCCUGGACUGUAGCUUUUCAUACGAUGCAAAAUGGGGUUUUAUCAGCACUAAACAACUUAACCAGUACGAAGUAUUUGCCUCAAAUGCCUGGACUUUAGAUACUUCCAUUAUCUACUAAGGCAAACAUUUACCUUUUAAACCUAAUCUGACAUUUUUUAAUUACCUUUUCCCUUCUUCCUGGCAGUUAUUUUAUUUACCCUGAAUAAUUUUCCUUUCAGUGUUUUCAGCUUCCCCGGUAACAAAGCUGAUCCGUAGGUAUUGGAGUGACUGCAGGCAGCUCAGGAGUGGGAACGUGACAGGUUAAGCUGUCCUUUGACGUGCCAGGGCAGAGGACUUCAAAUGGAAAUAUUAGAAAUGUGGGGUGGGUUUUUUUUUUAACCUUUUUUUCUAGGUUUCAGAACACUUUGGGAGGGAGGGACGGAAGAACAGAAAGACACAUUUGCUACACAUUGUAAAGAAGACUUGAUUUUAUUUAACAAUUUACAGGCAUUUACAAUGUCGCUGUGUUGCCAAAUAGUUUGCUGGAUACGAGUUUGGUUGCUCAUGUGCAAGUGUUUGAAUAAUGUUCUGUUCAUAAUGAAGGGGAAAUUUUUUAUAUAAAGUAUUCGUUUUAUAAAUAAAAGAAAAUGAAGGAUGUAAUUAAAUGUGUGGUUUGGGGAAAAAUGCUAAUAUAUUACAAAUGGAUCUGGUAAUGAUAUAUAGUUGUCUUAUUUGAAAUAGUAAAUGCAAAUUCUAGCUAAUUUAAUGAUUGUAAAACAGUAAAUAUGUUCUUGUAGUUUUGUAUAAUUAAUUAGUUGGGAUUUUUGCUGACCAGUUUUAAUUGUGCAGAAGAUGGUAUACUAAUCCAUAACAGCUAAGAUCAUUUAUAUUCUUGCACAUCUAUUAAAGACUUUAAUGAAAAAGUUAAUAGACUGUUAUUAUUUAUCAGUAAACUGGGCUCUGCCCAACUUGCACUUUUGAGAGCCCCAUUUUAAAGCAAAUCCAUAGGACUCUUGCUGUGUUUCAGUGUGGUAUUGUGUUCAGCUGCACCAUCGGAUGGCCCUGCGCUGUACGUUGCAGAGGUCAGGACACAGGAGUGCUGAGACAGAAACCUGCAGUUUGUUAGGGAGUUGCACUCGGGCAGCUGAAUGAGCACCAACCCCCUCCUGAUUAUUUCAUCCCUUCCAUUUAUAGUUGCUAAACUAUCACCACUUGUCAUUCAUCAUAGUUGUGGAAAACGCUGCUUCUCCCAAGCUUACAAAAUGUUAACUUGCUACUGUUAAGAAUUUACCAAAACAGCAGAUGAGUCCCCUGAAAAUGAACUGGCUGGAACUGACAGAAAAGCAGCAGUUUUGGCUGGCUGACUGUAUUGGAUCUUCUGAAACUGACAGAACAAAGAUUCCCUCUGGAGCCGAGUUAGCGGAGACUGGUCAUGAGCAGGAAGGUGGUGUUUUGAUUUUCUAUGGAGUUGCUGGUUUGUGACCCAUGAGCAGGUCUGAGACAAGGCCAGGCUUCCUAGACACUUUUUUCCUUUGA